AUGGAAAAUUUCAUAGAAGCUGUUGACAAAUUCGAAUGGGCCCUGAUAUUGAAUAUUCCUGUACAGGAUGUUUCCGUAAAGCUUGAACAAGACGCGCUUGAUACUGAUUUGGCUUCAACAGUUAUUAACAGUCAGUACAAACAAAGCUUAACUUGCAAGAUUGCGCGAGAAAUUCUUGGAAUAGAAUUGCCUAACGACGAUCAAGAUAUAAAAGCCUUUGUGGAAACAUUACAUAUUAGUUCGUAUAUUUCUACUAGAAUAAAAAGGUAUCUUUCAUUUGUUCCCAAUUCUUCUCAAGAACUAAUUAAGAAACAACAAAUCAUCAAGCAGCUACAUUUACUGUGUGUUGCGGUGGCUUCCUUAAAUGCUUUUGUACAAACUUGUUGGACUGGUCCAGUUUUUGAUCUAGAACCUCAAGAUAUCCUUCCUGCAGUUAUAAAAGAACAGUUCAAUGUCACCGAAUUGAAUAAGAAAAUUCAUGAAAUUUUAUCAGUUGAUGGAGAAGACGUUUAUCAUCUGACGCCUCGCGCUUUAUAUUUGUUGAUCCCGAGAAUUAUAUUGGUUGAAAAUGCAUUUUUAUUUACUCAUCUAAAGAGCACCAGUUGGUGGGGUCAGAGAGUUUUGUUCAUACAACAGCGUAUUCUUGAUAAUGUUAGUGGAUCAUUGCAUGACACGAUAUUCCAGUAUUUGCAAUCUUUAAACGAUGCACUUCCGAGUUUAAUUCCAGAAGAAAAGACAACCGAAAUAUACGCUCGGUUUCAUUUAGAAUACGGUAUUAUAAAUCAUUACUAUGGGCAUGAUUCCUUAGCCAAAGAACAUUUUGUAAAGGCUCAAGAAUUAAGUGGUUUUAAAUGGACACUUACAGGAAUGUUAGGAAAACGGACAAAAUUUCAAACUUUUGACGUAUCUCAAUUAUUAAUUAUUGCAAACAGUCAAAAUGAUGUAAAAUUUAAAAAAGAGAAUGAUUCAGAAGAUUCAGUAAUAAAAAGUGUUCCAAACGCUGUAUCACUUAACGAUGACACACUUUUAGAGAAAAUUGAAAUUUCAGAAACAACAGAUUAUAGCAGUGAAUUAAAUCCAAAAAGCAAUCUCAAAAUAAUUGAUCAAUGUUUGCUGCUCGCUUUUUGUUUGAAUGUAAAAAAUACGAACCCAUUGCAUGGCAUAACCACCGAACAAAUGGUACCUUUUGUAUCAAGAGUACUUGAAAAUCCAAAUAACUGGAUGGUCUAUACAAUGGCACUUCUGCUCAGAUCACGCCUUGAAAAAGAAAAGUCGCGGACUGUAGAACGAUCAGUUCUUCAACUUCAAGCGCUCGUUGAUCAAUUUCCCUUAGAAUUAUCUAGCGCAAAAGAACGUUUGGAUUACUUUUAUCAGAUUCUUUUACCAUCGAAAUGGGAAAUGGAAAAAGAACUUGCCUUGCAAUACUUAUCUUUGGGGGUAGUUCGAUCUGCCUUACAGAUAUUUGAACGCCUUGAAAUGUGGGAAGACAUUAUAAACUGUUAUAUAAUGCUUGAAAAAGAGUUUAAAGCUAAAGAGAUUAUUCUUGAGCGCCUGAAUAUUACGCCAAAUUCUCCAAAAUUUUAUUGCCUUUUAGGUGAUGUUGAAAAGAAUCCAGAACGCUGGGAGCAUGCAUGGAACAUAUCAGGUAAUCGUUAUGGACGUGCUAUGAGAUCUCUCGGUGCAUACUGGUUUAAACAAAAGGAAUAUCGGAAAUCAAUUGAAUGUUAUGCAAAAGCUCUCAAUGUAAAUCCAAUCUUUGAAAAAGCUUGGUUUGUUAAAGGUUGUGCAGCAAUGCAUGUGGAAGAGUGGGAUGUUGCACAGCAAGCUUUUUCUAGAGCGAUUUCUCUUGAUCCUGAAAACUCUGAAGCAUGGAACAAUCUUGCAUCAGUUUUCCUUAAACAAGGCCGCAAGCCAGAUGCGUUUAACGCUUUUCAACAAGGCUUAAAACAAAAAUAUGAUAGCUGGAGAAUUUGGACAAAUUAUAUGUAUACAGCCGUUGAUAUAGGAGAAUUUGCCGAAACAAUUCGCGCCAUGCAACGCGUAGUGGAUUUGAGAUGGGAAAAGGAAAAAGAAUCAUGUAUUGACUUUGAUGUUCUCGAGAUUCUUGUAAAUUCUGUUACUCAAGGAAUUCAAGAUGCUAAUAAAAACAGCGCGUCUAAAUUAGCGCCACGACUCGAACAUUUAUUGACAGUAACUAUUACUUCGCGAAUGACGUCACACCCGCAAAUAUGGCGACUUUGCGCACAAUUUUGGUUUUGGAAAAAAGAAUACGAAAAAGCCCUCGAAUCUCAUUUGAAAGCAUAUCGAU